AUGAGCCGAGGGCGAGCGUAUCUCGUCGUCCUUCUUUCGCUACUCGUUCUCGCAGUAGUUUCGCAGCCCUUCGCGAGGCGUCCGCUCAUCGCGAAUGCCGAAGAAUUCGACGACGAGCGGUACGCCUACGACGAGGACGACGACGCAGGCGACGACGACGACAUCCCGGCCGGCGACGACGGCGACGUCGUCGCACUGACGGCGGCGACGUUUUCGCAGGCCGUAAGCGAUCACAAGCACGUGAUGGUGGAGUUCUACGCGCCGUGGUGCGGCCACUGCCGGGCCCUCGCGCCCGAGUAUCGCGAAGCAGCGGCGACGUUGAAAGAGCUCGGCGUGCUCUUCGCGAAGGUGGACGCGACGAAAGAAACGGAGCUCGCCGACAAGUACAACGUGGAUGGUUACCCGACCAUCCUUUUCGCCACUGAUGGCGAAUUUCAGCCGUUCGGCGCCGGGCGAACCAGCGCGGAGAUGGUGCGGUGGGUGAAGCGCAAGCUGGGUAUGGGUGUGACGGCGCUGGCGCCAGCCGACAUUCCCAAGGUGCCCGCGCUGCUCGAGAGCGCUGCUGCCGCUGCCAUCGCCCUGGUGCCCUCCCUUGAUGGCGGGGAGGCAGCAGCGUUCGGAGAGGCAGCGAGGGACACGGACGGGGUGGAUUUUUUCGUCACCACGCACGCUGACGUGGCGGCCGCCUUCGGCCUGCCAGCUGGCGAGCCGCCCGCCCUGGCUGUGGUGAAGAAGGAGGAGGAGCGGCUGGUGGUGUUCGGUGAGUGCACUGCGCACCUCUGUGCGCACGCACAGGUGCUUGGUGUUGCGAGGCUUGAGCUGAGGGGGCUGGUUGUGGGUCUGUCAGUGGUGAAGGACACGGGUGGCAACUUGCCCACACCCCUGUGGACACGCGUGACAACUUGCCCACACCCCUGUGGUGAAAAAGGAGGAGGAUCUGCUGGUGGUGUUGUGAGGUUUGAGCUGAGGGGCUGGAUUUGGGGCGUGGGUUGGUGGGGUGGGGAAUUGUGGGUCUGUGGCGACUACAGCAAGGACGCCAUCAGCUCGUUCCUGGCUUUCGAGUCAAUCCGAGUGUCAUUUCCACCCCUCCCCCCACUCUCCCAUCUCUCCCCGCCACACGCCCCCUCCCUCCCACCACCCCCAUGCACAGGCGGCGAGUACAGCAAGGACGCCAUCAGCGCGUUCCUGGCUUUCGAGUCAAUCCGAGUGUCAUUUCCACCCCUCCCCCCACUCUCCCAUCUCUCCCCGCCACACGCCCCCUCCCUCCCACCACCCCCAUGCACAGGCGGCGACUACAGCAAGGACGCCAUCAGUGCGUUCCUGGCGGCCAACCGGCUGCCGCUGCUGCUGACGUACACCGAGGAGACCUCCGCUGCCAUCUUCUCGUCCCCCAUCGGCAAGCAGGUGAAAAGGGUGCAUGGGUGGGGCGAGGUGGGUGCAUGGCACGAGAUGGGGUUAGUUCAUGGCACGAGAUGGGGUGAGUGGCACGAGAUGAGGGACGAUGUGAGGCAGGGCAUGAGACGAGGUGGGGGCAUGGCACGAGGUGGGUGCAUGGCACGAGGUGGGGGCAUGGCACGAGGUGGGGGCAUGGCACGAGGUGGGUGCAUGGCACGAGGUGGGGGCAUGGCACGAGGUGGGUGCAUGGCACGAGGUGGGGGCAUGGCACGAGGUGGGGGCAUGGCACGAGUGCAUUCAAGGAGCUCUCGCCCGCGCUUUUUUGCAGCAGCCAAGCAGUUCAAAGGCCAGGCCAUGUUUGUGUUUGUGAACGCCUCUGACCCCGAGUCACAACCCGUGCAAGAGUACUUUGGAGCAGACGCCUCCACCACUGCCUUUAUGGGGUUCACCAUGGGAGGAGGUGAGGACCCCUCAGUGCCAGCAGCAGGGCUCAAAUACCGCAUGACAGACCACCCCACAGCAGAUAACAUCAAGGCCUUCACGCAGAGCUUCAUUGACGGCCGUCUCAAGCCCUUCUUCAAGUCACAGCCCGUCCCGGAGGAGGACGAGGGGCCAGUGGCGGUGGUGGUGGGGGACUCGUUUGAGCGCAUCGUGCUGGACGACAUGAGAGACGUGCUGCUGGAGGUGUAUGCUCCCUGGUGCGGCCACUGCCAGCAGCUCGAGCCCACGUACAAGAGGCUGGCAGAGCGGUUCAGUGCGGUGCAGUCAGUGGUUAUUGCCAAGAUGGAUGGCACGGCUAAUGAGUACCCCGGCCUAGAGGUGGAGGGCUUCCCCACCAUAGUGUUCUACCCCGCGGGGAAAAAGACAGACCCGGUGAAGGUGGCUGCGCGCUCGCUCAAGGAGUUCAUUCAAGCCAUCAAGGACCAUGCCUCCACAGAGUUCCACCUUGAGCCCUCGCCUCUAGAUGAGCAGGAGGAGGAAGAGAGUGGGGAUGGAGAGAUGGAUGAGGGGAGAAUAGGGGAAGGGGGGAUGGAGGGGGAAAUGGGGGAGGAGGGGAUGGAGGCAGCAGAGGAGGAGGAUAUGGCGUAUGAUGGGAUGGAGGGGGAUGGUGAUGGUGAGGAGGAGGAUGAUGCGUUUGACAAGCUGUUUCACCACGACGAGUUGUAG